AUGACCACACCCACAUCGACCACGCCCAUACAAGGUGCACAUAUGGCUAUAAGAGUUUGUCACCAUGGGGAAUACGAGAUGCAAGAUCCAAAAUCACCCAAUGAAGUGGUACGUAUUGUUGUCAUUGACAGAGACGGACAUAAAUAUGAUAUAAAAGGAAAGAUUGGAGAUAAUUUACUCUAUCUAGCUCAUCGUUAUAAUAUUGAUAUGGAAGGUGCGUGUGAAGCAUCGCUGGCUUGUACUACAUGUCAUGUUUAUGUAGAUAACAAGUACUUUGAAGUGUUGCCAGAGGCACUUGAAGAAGAAGAAGAUUUAUUAGAUCUAGCCCCUUUUCUACAAGAAAAUUCAAGACUAGGGUGUCAGAUCAUAUUGACCAAAGAAAUGGAUGGUUUAGUGGUAACACUACCAAAAGCAACCAGAAACUUUUAUGUAGAUGGUCAUGUUCCACAACCACAUUAA